AUGAAGUUCAACGCACUUCUCCUGGCCCUCGUGCCCGCCGCCCUGGCUCUGCCCACCGCCGACGAGGCGCAGACCCCCAAGCUCGCCGCGCGCCAGAGCAUCACAGCCGUCACCGACAGCCUGUCCUUCUCCCUGACGCUGCCUCAGUUCACCACACGCCGCAACAACCGCAACCCCGCCAACCUCGACUGGAGCUCGGACGGCUGCACAUCGUCUCCUGACAACCCAUUCGGAUUCCCCUUUGUGCCCGCCUGCCACCGCCACGACUUUGGCUACCACAACUUCCGCGCCCAGACCCGCUUCACCGAGAGCAACAAGCUCCGCAUCGACAACCAGUUCAGGACCGAUCUGAAGUUCCAGUGCCAGUCUUCGAGCGUCCGCGGCGUGUGCAACGCCCUGGCGGACGUCUACUACGCUGCCGUCCGCGCGUUCGGCGGUGACGACGCCACCCCCGGCAAGAGGGACGAGCACUCGGAGCUCGUCGCCAUCUACGACGAGAAGGUCGCCAUCUACGAUAAGCUCGUUGCAGAGGCCCAGGCCAAGGGUCAACUGUGGACCGUCUAA